AUGCAUCCAAAGGCAAAGCAAAACAAUAGACAUCCGGUAAUCAAUAAACAAAGACCGGGUCGUCGACGACCAACAGCUCAACGAUUACAACCAACUCAUGAAAGCGAAGACCAACACUACCCUCAAGAACCGGGCGAAUCAAAUGUACAUUUUGACAACAGAUAUGGUGGUCAUAACAAUAGACCAGACAUUAGACCAGAUAUGAGACCUGAUAUGAGACCAGAUAUGAGACCAGAUAUGAGACCAGAUAUGAGACCAGAUAUGAGACCAGAUCUGAGACCACAGGAAAGACGUGUAUUGAUUGAAAAUGUAUCAAGUAAAUCACUGCCCCUCUACCCAAUAAGCCCAGAUCUAAUGUUGUUCACCACCAACCGGGCCAUCACUAUCAUCAGCAACAAUAUAGACAACCUGAACCAACUAUACAGUCACUGGUUUAUCGCAGAAAAAAGAUACGGGAUGUAA